AUGAGGUUCGAAUCGCUCUGUGUUUGGGCUUUUGCUGCUUUUGCUUUUGGGGUAGGCGGGAAUUCCAUAGACGAUGAACUAAUCAUUCCCGAUGAAACAGAAUCAGCAGGCAGUGGUGAUCAGACCUGCUCCAUAUUUGGGACGUCAGCCUCUUCGCAGGAAAACAUUGAAAUGGAGCAGCUGAACACCUCUAGCAUCGAAGAAAACGUUAAUGCAAGAACUUCCAGUGAGAUAGAAAAUGCUGGAAUCGUCUUGUUCGAAAAUAACAGCAUCGUUAGAUAUCCUUUUGAUGAGGAACUGACUCUGAAGCCUCUUCCUAGAAAUUUCAUGCUGGCUUCGUUUGCAUUCCAGAUGCAGUCCAAUAAUUUGACGGUGGGGAAAUCGGAAGUUUCACACGACGCUUACCGUCAUUAUACGGUCUUCCCCAAGUCUCUCAGCCCAAUUUUGGAAUACAGUCAAACAAGAGAACUCCAUUUGCGAUUUACGCACGGGCGAUGGGACGCCGAGUCGUGGGGUCAGCUUCCACACAACGGAACAAAAUCUGGCGGUAGCGGAGUCGAACUUUGGGCUGUAAUAGAGGCUGCAAGUCGCGACGAGGCUUUCGAAAACUGGAUCAUGCUCACGAACUCACUAAGCGGAUUAUUUUGCUCAUCUAUCAAUUUCAUCAAUAUGGAAAAAACGACGUAUCCUGUUCAUUCUUUCCAAUCGUCGGAUCAGCAGCCCAUACCAAUUUUCGAUACCUCGAAAAAAGCAUAUUUACUUCGUGCUGCUUUAGCUAAUGAACCUAUCUGCACCGAAAAUCUAACACCAUUUCUCAAGCUUUUACCAACAAGAGGAAGAAGCGGCAUUUCGUCGCUGUUAGAUGGUCACAAGGUCUUUGAUUCUAACUGGCACAGCUUGUCAAUGGACGUUGAAACUGUUUGCGACGGGGACACAUGCCAGUACCAUAUGGACGCAAACAUUGAGAUGGUGUUCAACGUUCAAAACUCUCUAGCGCGUGCUGAAAACCCAAUUCCUAAACCAUUGGGUGACGCCGAGCUGCAAUGUGACGAGAGCAAACCACAUAAUGCCUGGGAAUGUUUUCCUCUGCCACAAAGCAAGCACAUCAAAUUUAGGCUAUCCGAACUUUUCGGCAAGAAAGUUGUUGGAUCAAAUUUAAUAUCAGAGAAUCCAUCGAAAGUUUGUGCUCAGGUCAGCGAUAGCUGGACGGUUUACCUUGAUAUUGGGGAUUCUUUAUUUUCGACGGAUGAUAACUGUUUCGCUAUAAGAGAUAACGAGCUCCAUGACUUGCAUUUCCAGUCUGACGAUACCGCCCAUGUGGUUAAGAGUGACGACGUACCAUUGUUCGUGAGUAGAUCCCUCACCGGAUAUGGUCAGGACGGAGGAGGCCUUCGUGCGGUUUUCAGAAACCCUAAUAAUGUAACCGUGGAUGCCAUAUACUUCGAGUCUCUUCCUUGGUACAUGAGAUUAUAUCUAUCCUCUCUGGAAAUAGAGAGUGAAGAUGGACUGGAGAUUGGUGAUGUGAUAAAAAGUACAUUCUACCUUCCCGCUAUUGACAGACAACGGCCAACGCAUUUGGAAUUCAAUAUCAGCAUACCCGCCCAUACCACUGUGGCGCUAUCGUACCAAUUUAGCAAGGCGCUAUUGAAGUACGCUGAGUAUCCACCAGAUGCUAACCACGGUUUCGAAAUUGAAUCAGCAUUGAUCACCGUUUUGAGGCCAAUCCGGAGUGAAAUGAGAACGGCCACUCUUCUGUUGUCGUUGUCGACACCAGAUUUCAGUAUGCCUUACAACGUGAUUAUUCUUACAUCCACGGUUAUGGGCCUUGCAUUUGGAACUUUAUUCAACCUUAUGGUUAAAAAGCUAGUUACCGUUGAGGAAGCGGACCGAAAGGCUGCCGCUAAGCGCAGCAUCAAGGCUCAACUAAUUGAAUACCUUGCGCGCUUAAAGACGAACGGAAAUAAAACCAACCAAGAGAAGAAAAGACAAUAG